AUGUCAGAAUUUACUGAAGAAUCUUUUAAUGCGCUUCGCCAGCAAUUGGCUGAAACUCAAGCUAUUGUACAGCAAUUGGUACAAGAACGUCAAGCAUCUCCAAGCGCGACUGAUAGUUCAUUGCAUUCUCCCUUGCAUGCUUUUGGAGUUCGUCUCCACUACGACUGGACUCCAGAUCUUUUGGUAAAAUAUCGCUUUGGUCUUGACCGAUAUCUCUUUACUGCUCCAAUGCUCUCCGAUGCAGAUCGUACUAGUAUCAUUGACAAUUACCUACCUAUCCGUUGCCCUUCUUAUGUACCACCAAAUAUACUUCCUGAAGCCCGUAGUCCGGAGAGUUUCAGGUCUGGUGUAGGAUCCAUUCCUGAUUUAUCUGAUGUGUCGUCUUCUAUCUUACUGGAUCGACGUCUUGAAAACUCAACCACCAACUGCACUUACCGACGUGGGCAAUUUCUCUUUUUAGAAUGGUCCUUACAGCACCGCGUAAAUAUCAAUGGAUUUUCAGCUGCAGACAUUGUCAAUUUUCUUUCGGAUAUGCACUAUCAAUUUGGUUAUUCCUCCUCAACAUUGCGCUUGUUCCGUUCUUCCAUCCUAGCUUUUCAUCAAAAUAAAGCCUCACUGGACAACGAACUACACUUGGUAAAUAGCCUUCUUAAUACACUUACUCGCAGGGUGCCUCCGAAAGAAAUCCAUCGCCCAACAAUUGACAUUUCCCCAACUCUGAACUAUAUACGACAGAUUCAAUCUUCCACGUCCACACCACUGCCCCUCUUGCAGAAGAAAACAGCCUUUCUCCUAGCGAUGACAGCCUUUUUACGACCUUCAGGACUCCAUUGUAUCGAUUUGCAGUCGGCAGACAUCAACAAUGGUUUUCAACUGACAUUUCAAGUGGUCUCUUCAAAAGAAACUCGUGACCAUCGUCGUAUCAUCAAACCCUUUACAAUCUUUCCGAACCAAGACUACUCUCUUUGUCCUGUUAGAACAUUCAUAGCUCUUAGAGAUCACCCCUCAUUAUCACACUUUUCCACUUGUUCUUCGCUUUUCGUGAAUUCAAGGUGUCCACAAGAGCCUUUAGCCACGUCAACAAUCUCUACAUGGCUCCGCAGCAUGAUUAGAAUUUCCACAGAAGAGCGAAAUGUAAGCGUCAGAUCUAUUGCAUCCUCGUUAGCUCUACGCCUUGGUAUCCCAAAAGAAGAUAUUGUUACUCUUAGAAAUUGGACAAACUCUUCGACUUUUGAAAACCAUUAUCAACGAGAACAUAUGCCAUGCUUCAAUUUCACGCAGAUAUUAUUAUCAACAGAUUCAUCAACAUCAACGGAAGAAGAACGAGCAGAUUUCGAUAUGGAUGACCAAGAAGAAGACACGUUCUUUGACGCGAUGCAAGAAUGA